CCCGCCUUGGGCCCAGUCGCCAAAAGUCUUGCUUCCAGGCCCCAGGGCAGGUCCUGCUUACACUCAGUUAAUGGGAGUGUUUCAGGAUGUAAAACUGCCAAAUCAAGUGCAGGAUAAUCUGAGCCCUAAUACGUCCACACGGAAGAAGGUGCGUGAAGAAUGAGAUGACAUUCGAUUAUACCACGUCGAACCACACCUGUCUAGCUAUGGAUCAGAAGCUUUCCCAGUUGGUGGAGGACCUGACAACCUCAGGAGAAUCAGAGCUGAAUUCCGAGAAACUGAAAGAGCUGAAGAAAAUCUGCAAGUCUUCUGAAGAGCACAUUAGCCAAGCGUACCAUCUUCUCAUGACCCAGCUGAACCAAGAGCACGCUGAGAUACGCUUCUCAGCUUUUCAGAUUGUGGAUGAGCUCUUUACACGGUCACACCAAUUUCGGACACUGAUCAUUUCCAAUUUCCAAGAAUUCCUGGAGCUCACGGUGGAAACGGACCACGAGCAGCCCCUGCCUCCCCCAAAAGAGGUCGCGAAAAAGCUGAAGAGAGAGGCCAUCAAAUCCGUGCAAGAGUGGAACGAGAAAUACGGAGAGGCCUAUAAGAAGCUAUCGCUAGGAUACCAUUUCUUAAAACAUAACAAAAAGGUGGAUUUUCAAGACAUAAGUGCUAGGACGCUGGCUGAAAGAAAAAGGGAAGAGGAGAAGCAAAAACGGUUAGAAAAUAUCUACAGAGAACGAGCUGAGAAAGCGGAAAAAGAAAUGGAAGAAAUGUCUGAAGAAAUUGAGGCUUCUUUGACCGAGGUGGAGACCUGCUUUAGACUCUUAAUGCCCUUCGAUUUUACCGUAAGCGCUGGCGAUUUAGAACUCGCAGAAGGCAGGACACCUGCGGCCGAGCAGGGAGCUUCUCAGUGGGCGUCCUGCUCCAUUCCCACUGACGAUGAGCAGCCUUGUUGUAGCAAGGACCUCCCUUCACUGGACCCAAGAGGCAAGAGAAAUGGAGAAAACCCCCAGAUGUCAGCCCACUGGAAGCAAAAGCAACUUUAUCCCGAGGAACUUCCAGAAGGUCAUGGUGGCGAGGAUGGUGAUGAUGAUGACGAUGAUGAUGAUGAAGAAGAAGAAGAAGAUGGCGAAGUCUUCAUAAGAAGCCACGGUCUUGGGUCUCGUAAAUAUACUCUCAACCUUGAAAUCUCCACAGCAGAUAUGAAAGUACAUGAGAAUGAAGAUAAUAGUGCUAUAGUAAACAAUGUCAUGGACGUGCUUAAACUCAUCAGAAAUAAAUUCCAACCUUCUGUUCAGUCCUGGAUUCAGCUUUUUACCCGGGCAGGUGUACAUGAUGACCGUUUAAAGCGUGCCAUUGAUCUUAAGAAGAAAUUAGAAACGGUCGUGGAAAAGUAUAAGGAAAUGAACCUUGAGCCUAAACAGAGUCGAGUGACGAAAGCCUCGGACGAUGAAGAUGAUGAAGAUGAAUUUGUGGAGGUUCCUGAGAAGGAAGGUUAUGAGCCUCACAUUCCAGACCACCUGCGAAAGGAGUAUGGUUUGGAGCCCACAGUAUCACCUCUGAACCCAGAGAAAGCCAAAGGAGUGAGAUCACUGGGGCCGGGCCACUCACGGCAACCAAAACGGAACGAAGAGGAACUCGACCCAACCUGUGCCGCUGCGACCCUGAGGCUGAUCAGAGAUAAACUGCCCAAGUUACCUUCUCCGCCAACCAGUGGCUCAGGAAACAUGGCAUCAGCUUCGGAGGGGGAACCCAGCAGCAAGUCCCAGAAGCUGGAGGAAGAACGAGCUAAAGCCCCAGUUAUGCCUUUUGGAAUAGAUCUUUAUUACUGGGGAGAGGAGCAGCCCACUGCUGGAAAGAUUCUAAAAUUUAGUUCUCAACACCGGUUCUGGGCACCGAAUGAGUUGGAGGAGGAAGUGGAAAGUACAGAAAUAGCCGAGAUGUUAAAAAGUCGCUACAUCACCUUUGCCGGCAAGUUCGAACCCGUGAAGCACAAGUGUCGAGCGCCUAUGCCCGGCGGGAGGCUUUGUGAGCGGCAGGACAGGUUUAAGUGUCCAUUCCAUGGGAAGAUAAUUCCUCGGGAUGAAACUGGGACUCCCACUGACCCAGAAGACAAAGCCAGAGAGGAAAAGAAGAAAUUUGAGAAGCAGGCAGACCAGCCAGAAUGGCAGGACCCUGAGCUUAUGAGAGAGAUUGAAGCAGCCACCGGAGCGGAUCUUGGCUCUGCCAGAUACAGCAGAAAAGGAGGAAAGGGCAAAGGGAAGAAGAAGAAGUUCCCUAAUCUGACUGAUCUAAAGCAGCAAGCAAAUACAUCCCGUUCCAGAAUCGAGAAAAAAGUCUUUAAUAAAGGUGCAAUGAAACGAGUAAUAAAAGAAAUGAAUCGCAUGGACCAAAAGAAACACGAAAAGUUUGCCAACCAAUUUAACUACGCAUUGAAUUGAAUUGGUCAAAAAGAAAACACCGGGAGGAAAAAGAAGCAGCCUGCGGCCAUGUGAAUAUAAAGACUGCUCUGGGACCUUUCUAGUGAAAUGAAAGAAUUGAACUAUGCACUUUUACAUUAUCUUUCCUAAUCAUCAUAUCAGCUUGUUUCAUCUGUUAACUUAUUAAGAUUUGAUAACGAACAUGGAUUUUAGCAAUAACAACAAGGCUGUACAUAAUUGUGUGUAUUUAGCAUAAAUUGGUAACUACUUGGAUUUGACACGAAAUAUAAUGAGCUUUACGGCGUGAACAUAUUCUAAUUAAAAUGCUCAGGGUUUUUCUUUCUUAAUGGACUGAUGUAAUUUUCUCUCUACUGCCUUUGGGGCCAAGCGCUUUGAAAAUUUGCCCUGGUCUCAGUGCUCCUCAGCAGAGGUGUCAAUCUCAGGCAAUUUUGUUGGUUUAAGAAAAACAAAAAAAAGCACUUAAAAAUCUGGCCUGUAUUAAGCCUCAGAAGCUUGCUUAAAUCUUUGGAAUUGGCAUAAGCAUCCUAACAGAUGAGAGGCUGUAGAUUUCUCAGAGCAGUCACUUUUAUUUUCAGAUUGUCCGCUCUUUGUGGGUAGGGACCUUGUCUUUUUUUUUCUUGUAUGUUCCUAAGCGCCUAGUUUACCGUUCUAAACACAGUCAACACUCAAAGCUAUUGAGUUUGAUGAGACCUUCUGGAACACUACACUAUCUCCAGUCAUUUAGCCGUCGAGUAGAUAUAAGGAAGUCCCAGAGAGUAUUAUUCAGAGCCAAGUUUGUUAUUGUGAUUUUUUAAAAAUGUGUUUUAUUGAACAUUAUUAUUACUACAGGAGUUAUACUUUUAAAUAAAAUCCUUGAUAUUUAAAGUCGUUUCACACU